AAGCAAAGCCUUUAGAGAUUACAACUAUAAAAUAUGCAUAAGACAAUUGUCUAAAUCUGUUAUUGCACCCGUCAAAGACCGCGUAAAAUGUUGAAGUGUGCAUAGUAAUGCACGCAUAUACAAGCACCGGCAUCGGCAACGGCAACGGCAUCGGCAAAGGAUAAUUGUAUCCUAGUGAUUUAAAUAAAACAGCCAACAUAACCACAAUAAAGUAUCGCAGCAACACUUGUAUUCGAGAAACAACAAUAAAAGAAAACGAAUAAAAUAAAAAUUAAUGAAAAGUGUAUAAUAGACUGCUUUCCAGAAAGUCUUAAUAAUAAAUAAAGAAAAAAAAAGAUAAUAAAAAUUUAAAAAAAAAAAAAAAACAAAAAAAAUUAAAUAAUGAUAGACGUUAAAAAAACUAGAAAUAAUUUCCAAAAAUUUCCAUCACUGAAGCAAAAAUGUGAUCCCGUCAUUGUAGUACGACCUCAAACUAAUGCUACAAAAUCCGCAUUAAAUAUAAAACCAGCGACAGUGUCAUCAAAAGUUAAACAAACGAUAAGAACAACAAAAGUAACAGGAACAGGAGCUGCAAAUAAAUCUAUUACGAAUCCCGUUAGAGAAGCUAAUCAACAUUUUUUCUUAAUAUCGACCUUCAAAGAUCAAAAUUUUCUUAAAGAAGAGUGCGAAUUGGCCCAUGCUCAGGUCUCGAAAGCUACUACAAAAAAACCGACAUUACCUUCAGUUGAAAGCCGCAAGACGAACACUCUGAUCAGCAGCCUUUCAAAUAAUAACUACCGUAACUCGACGAAAUCCUCAGCAGCCUUAGCUGCGUUAGCAAUAAAUGGGAUGCGCCGCAGCAGUAAUGGCAGUCAAUUGGGCACAGCCACAGCGAUUGCAACGUCUCUUGGCAAGGUGGAUAAUAAUUGUAUUGGAUCUCAAUGUAAAGGUUUUACGAGUGGUACAGCAACAUCCACAGCUGCAACCAUCGCUGGUACCGCAAUUACAACGGCAUCUUCGAAGAAGUUAAACUCGGGCGGGUACCAUCUUAGCAAUUCUACGUACGGUACAACGAAACUAACUAAUCGUAAUUCACAAGUGAAGCCUUUAAUACAUCGCAGCGGGGCUAGUGUUACAUCUAGCGGUGGAACACCGUCAUCGAUAUCGCAACGCCGCAAUAAUAACAAUAACGGUAGCAACACUAGCUUAAAUAGCAUUUCUAAUAAUCACGGCAAUAACAAUAUGCAAACAUCACUAGAUCAAGACGAUAUUAAAUUUAUUGAUAGCGAUGAGCAACCAACAACCACAGCAAUGGAACGCAAAUCUCAAGUUACCUGUGAAACACGAUGCUGCGCUGCGCAUUCGCACGGUAUAGCUGCAGUUAAAAAUCGCGUACGACCAAAAUCAACGAUUAUAAGUUCAGCAUCGAGUUCGGCAUCAGCGGCGGCAACAACGGCGGCAAAUAAUUCCAUUUUCGAAAAAGUGAAUAAUUAUAAAUAUUCUAAUGGUACGGCGGGUGGAGAGAAGCGAUCGGAAUGCCGCCAUCCGACUGCAAUGUUUAUUGAUUCGAAUAGUAUUCGCGCGUCCAUUGAAAAAUUUGACAAUUAUAGCGAACAAAAGAGAUUGCCACUAAAUUCGGUGCAACUGCGUUCUCAUGGUGGCGGGGGCAGCACCAAUAACCUGCAGCAUCAUCGCCAUAGUAGUGAUUUCGAUAACAGCAACUUAAGGCUGCCCAAUAGUGGAGGUGGUUCGUUAACGCGUGCUCCUUAUCGAAGUUCAGCUGGUGUUGCUGGCAAAACCAAUUUGUACUCGAACACUGCAGCAUCUACUUCGACGACUCGACAAGUUAUUGGCACUCAUCCCAAUACCACCGGUAGUUUACCGUUAAAGAAUAGUCGUCAUUAUAAUCAUGCCGACGAGCCUUCCGUAUCUGGUCUUUCAAGCUCGGUGGACGGCGAUUUUGGUAAAAAGAAAUUGACCGCCACAUCCGGUGGGGAGGAUAGUAUACGAAAUACAGUACAUACGACAGCUUCGCCCGUGUCUCGCUAUUGGGAAAGAGAUAGUUCCAGACCAUCAAUUUCCACUACUCGGAGUCAUGCGGACGAAAGAAAAUUAUCAUUUAGCAGUGAAGAUACUGAAGGUCUGUGUGGUCUGAGGAAUAUUGGAAACACAUGUUUUAUGAACUCCGUCAUACAGUGUCUAAGUCACACAAAUGAGCUGACGAAAUUCUUAAGGAAUUAUAGUGCCACCAAAUCGCCUAUAUCGAAAGAUCAGCAAAUUUUAUAUGAGUUUUCAAAGCUGAUUAGAGAAAUGUGGUCACCGAAUACUCACAGCGUUACACCGUUAGAAUUAAAAAGGGCCUUCUCGAGUAAGCAUCGCAUGUAUAGCGAUUAUAAUCAGCAAGACGCUCAAGAGUUUUUGCGCUUCUUUUUGGAUUCGUUGCACAGUGCUCUCAAUACUGGCAACAAAGGUGAACACUUGAGAGUUGAUGACAAUCUCAGUGAUAAUAGGAAGGCCGAGCAAACAUGGGAGUGGUACUGUCGUCACGAAUGUUCAAUUAUACGAGAUUUAUUUGUGGGCCAAUUAAAGAGCACGCUGCGAUGUACCGUUUGCGGUAAUGCCAGUGUGACUUUUGAUCCUUUCUGGGAUCUUAGUGUGCCAUUACCUUCUUCGUCCCGUUGUAAAUUGGAAGCUUGCUUAGAUUUAUUUAUACGUGAGGAGGUAUUAGACGGCGACGAAAUGCCUACAUGUUCCAAAUGUCAAACACGUCGAAAAUGCACGAAAACUUUUACUAUUCAACGGUUCCCCAAAUAUUUGGUGAUACAUCUGAAACGUUUCUCUGAGACACGUUGGAGCAAACUAUCGAACAUAGUCGAAUUUCCGACGGGUGAACGCGAAUUGAAUAUGGCACCUUAUGCAGCAAAUACUAAUUCAAAUAUGUACUACUCGCUGUACGCUAUAUCAAAUCAUAUGGGCUCAACAGCUGGUGGCCAUUACGUGGCCAUAUGUAAGCAUCCAUUUACCCAAAAAUGGCAUGAGUUCAACGAUAACCUAGUUAGCGAUGCCCUGUCUGAACAUCAUCUUGUCUCAUCUAGUGCCUACAUUUUGUUCUACGAACGUGCGUAAAUACCGUCUAUUUUACUAACGCCAUAACUAACUAACUAUACUGAACUUACAAUUGAAAAAACCAACGUAAAAAGAGAAAAACGAACGUUGUUUUUACGAUGGAAUGUUGUGCAAGGAAUUGCUUGGAUAGAAGUAGCAGUGAAACAAAAAUCGAAGCAAACACAAAAAAAAAAAACAAAAAAAAAAAAAAAAAAACCAAACAAAAAAAUGCAACCAGUGGAUCACAGUAAAGAAAAUCAACUUUGGAUAUAACAAUAACAUAACAAUAACGACAUUAUUGAGGCCGCUUUCUUUCUAAAGAUUUUUUUUAUCGUCAAACUCAAAAAAAAAAAAAAAAAAAAAAUCCCAAAUUCUCUCUUAAAUCUCUUUAACUAUAUUUAAAUGCAAUAGUUUGAAUGUAAUCUAUUUCUCUUUGUGUGUGAGUCUAUUAACUAACUGUAUUGUUUUUCUUCUUUUUUUUAAACAUAUUUUUGUAAAAGGUAUCCGCUUUAAUUUCUAAGCAUCUAAGCAGGUUGUGUGCGAAAGAUGCUUUGUAAUGUAAUUAUGCUACAACAAUCAAAGAGAGAGAGAGAGAGAGAGAGAGAGACAAUGAGAAAGAGAAAGAGAAAGAGAAAGAGAGAGAGAGAGAGAGAAAGAGAAAAAAAGAAAAAUAUUUAAAUUGGUAUUAAGGAUAAUAUAUUUCGUAUAGUCUAAUAUUUUAUGGCUCGCAAAUUUUAAUA